AUGAGGGAUCCCUCGACUUCCUUCCAGUCAAUGUUCUCCUACUAUAACCUGGAGGAUGAACUUCGCGCGCCCCUCCUCCGCCUCUUGGAUUACCCUCACGCCAAGAUGAAUGCAUUCCCGCGCUACCUCGGCCGCAUCGGGAGGAAUCAGGUGCUCUUCGACCUCGGCGUGGAACCAGAGGACUUCGACUCCGCGGGCGUUGUGGAGGAAGUCCUUAGGAAGGUGGAGCAGAACUUCCACUUGGUUAUGAUCGCCGAGUACAUGGACGAAUCCCUCAUCCUCCUGAAGAGGGUCCGCUUCCGCCCCGGCAACGCCACGCAGGAGGCCCUCGACCCGCGAAGGAGCGCCAAGCUGAGGGGCUGGCUUCGGGGAGACCACCGGCUGCACCAGCACUUCACAGCGCGGCUCCUGGAACUCGUGGCCCACUUCGGCAGAGCUCGGAUGGACAAGGAGGUCGCUGAGCUGAGGGCCUUGCGCGAGGACACGAGGAGGAGGUGCGGCGUGUCGGAAUACGCCAGGAGAGACGACUCCAUCAGGAGCGACGGCAGGAAGGACCUCCCGCUUGUGGUGGGCUACAGGGGCACGGGAUCCAGCCUCUUCUGCAGGGCGCUGGUCAAGCCGAACGGCGCGCUGACCCGGGAGGCGGUGCGGCGGCAGUUUCUGAGAUAUUUUCAGUAUUACUUCGGCGACAAGAAGUACGAGUUCUUCCCCGAGCCGUGA